GGGAGCUAUUAGCCAAUAGCGUUUCAGAAAGCGGGGCUGCCUUUGAGAGCGUAGGCGAAUAGGCGCUCGUUCCCGUGCGAGGGCUGGCCAAUGAGCAUGCGGGAGCGGGAAGGAAGGAGGGCGGUAGCGCGGCGGACGGGGAAGGAAAAUGGCGCCGAGCUCGAAACCGGAGCGGGGCGGCGGUUCCUCCUCGGGAGGGAAGCGGAGCUCGGCGGAGUCUGGGCGCGGAGGCGGCAGGAGGGAGCAUGUGGUCAGGCAGCUGGAGCGCGUCAAGAUCAGCGGACAGCUCUCACCUCGCCUGUUCCGUAAACUGCCACCAAGGGUUUGUGUGUCGCUGAAGAGCAUUGUUGAUGAACAUUUCUUAUGCGCAGGGCACAUAUUCCUUGGCUUUUCUAAGUGUGGAAGAUAUGUCCUGUCCUACACUAGCAGCAGUGGUGAUGACGACUUUUCCUUCUAUAUCUACCAUCUCUACUGGUGGGAGUUCAAUGUUCACAGCAAACUAAAAAUGGUACGCCAGGUUCAGUUGUUCCAAGAUGAAGAAAUCUACAGUGACCUUUACCUGACUGUGUGUGAAUGGCCCAGUGAUUCCUCCAAAGUCAUCGUCUUUGGUUUCAAUACUCGUUCAGCCAAUGGGCUGCUCAUGAACAUGAUGAUGAGUGAUGAAAACCAUCGGGAUAUCUACAUUAGCAUGGUUGCCAUGCCUCCUCUUGUGCACUGUUCAAGCUGCAGGGAUAUGGCCAUUGCACAUCCAGGUGAUCCAAAUGCCAAGUGUUUGCAGCAUGGAUUCAUGCUACACACUAAAUACCAGGUGGUGUACCCUUUCCCCACAUUCCAGCCAGCAUUCCAACUUAAGAAGGACCAAGUGGUGCUGCUUAACACCAGCUAUUCUCUAGUGGCUUGUGCUGUUUCUGUGCAUACGUCAGAUGAGGACAACUUUUACCAAAUCCUUUAUGACCGAAGUCGCCAGGCCUGGCCUCCUGCUGGGGAUGUCAGCCACACCACUCUUGUGUCUCAGUGCCCUGUAGGCUCUGAGAAAGUGCUGGAAAAAGACAGCUGCCCUUGCCGGAGUGGAGCUGCUUUGCAGCAGCGUAUUGCUGUACCUUUACAGGACAUUGAAAACCAUGACUCACCUGCUGUAGCUAUGGCUAAGGAAUUUGUUGCAGACAUCCUCCGGAGGGCCAAGGAAGCCAAAGGCACUGCCCCAAUGGAAGUGGAGUCAGGAAGUGGGCUUGAGUGCCUUCUUGACUCUGGUCAGAGCACAUUAACUUCUUGGAGCCUAGGGAAGACUCCAGGAACUUGCUUGCAUGGAAGUGGCACCCGUAGUUCCACACAUUCUGUGGUAGACAGUUUUUCAGAUUCAGGUGGGUCCCCCAAAGACUCUUCCAGUGCCAGCUCUGAACUGGAAAGCCAGCCUGCUGAGCCAGGCUAUGUGAACUAUACCAAAUUGCGCUAUGUCCUGAAACCCAGUGACUCGUCUGAAGCAGAGGAUGAGUAUGAAGACGACAAGAUCUCAUUGCCAUUUGUUGUGACAGACCUGCGAGGAAGGAAUUUGAAGCCACUGAAGGAGAAGGCUGUUUGUCAGGGACAAUACUUAACAGUGGAGCAGCUGACUCUGGAUUUUGAAUAUGUCAUUAAUGAGGUGAUCCGGAACGAUGCCUCAUGGUCCAAGCAGUUCUGCUCCUUUAGUGAUUAUGACAUUGUCAUCUUGGAGGUGUGUCCAGAAACCAACCAGGUUAUCAUCAACAUUGGUCUCUUGCUCUUGGCUUUCCCUUCCCCUGAUGAAGAGGGACAGGUUAGGCCAAAGACCUAUCACACCAGCCUCAAGGUAGCAUGGGAUCUGAACACUGGCAUCUUCAUCACUGUCAGUGUGGGAGACUUGACAGAAGUCAAAGGACAGACUAGUGGCAGCGUGUGGAGCUCCUACCGGAAAAGUUGUGUGGAUAUGGUAAUGAAGUGGCUGGUGCCAGAGAGCAGUGGCCGUUAUGUCAACAGGAUGACCAAUGAGGCCCUUCAUAAAGGCUGCUCCUUGAAAUUCCUUGCAGACAAUGGCGCUACACAUGGAUUGUCUUGAAGUCAGGUUCAAAGAAGCUUGCAUCAGUAGUUCAUUUCCUGCCAUAUUGUGUGUCAAUUCAACUACCUCCUUGUUAAAAG